GGAACAGAUCUGAGCUCGGUCCAUUCCAGAGACUCGUCUGUCGUGCACGCGCACGGCUCUCUACCCUCACAUGCAUGCGCACCGCUCUCAUAAAUGCACGCCAGAUGCGGCUAACCAAUUCAGUUUGAUUGAGAAUACGUUUCCGCGUCAACAGCGAGACGAACCUUCCGUUUUCAUCCUCGGUUCCGAUGAGUUCUGCACCAGAUUCAUCUCCGCGGCGAAUCCCAAACAGAGCUGGAGCCCGUUUCCGCUGUGAGCCUUCUUCUUCCCGUCCAGCGGAGGUGACGACGAGGCAGCAAAGUGAACUAGCGCCGCCCUACGGCUGGUACCUGCUGUUACACCCCAAGGUUUGACCUAUCAAUCCGCACCUGGAGCGGUUUUAACCCGAGAACCUCCGCCAUCUUCUCCGGCAAAAAGAACCAACUAGUGAAGAGGAGAGAGCAGAAUUGGAGGGGUGUUGAGCUCACGGGCCGGAACACCUUACUUCGCUGAUGCGACGGAACCAAGGUCCUGAUAAAGGAGGUCGGACUCCCACAGUGUGACACUUCCUGAAGAGCUGAAGAUGGAAACGAUGAUGGAACAAGCUCCGCUUGAGUUGCAUUUCUCUCCCGAGUCUCCGACCGGGUCGUCGGUCCAGAACCUCCGUCGGUUCGUCAGCGACCGCCUGGCCGCUGCUGCUCAGGAGAUCCUCGGGAUGUUUGAACAAACCAUCACCGCGCUGGAGCAGGAGGUGGACCGCCAGCGCCGCCUGCUGGACGUGGUCCGCAGACCUGUGGUUGUCCUAAACAAGAUAGACCCUGAGAUCUCCAGACACAGCAAGGCUAUCGCCGGUUUGGGUCCUCCGCUGCUGGAUGCUUUUCAACCACUGGAAGUGGGACAAGAAUCUUCUGUGAUCAAAGAGGAGCAGGAGGAUCUGUGCGUCCGUCUGCCUGAGGACCGGCUGCUGACGCUUGAAGAUCUGUCUGGCCUGGAUCAGACAGGUGAGACUGGACCUCCCGCUCAUGUGUCCCAGGAAACCAACAAACCAAAGCGGCACGUCUGCUGUACUUGUGGGAAGUCCUUCAGUGCCCGCUGCAACCUCAACGUCCACAAGAGAGUCCACACAGGAGAGAAACCACAUGAGUGCAAUGUCUGCGGCAAGAGGUUUGGUCAGAAGAGCGUGCUGGUCACUCACCUGCGCCUCCACACAGAUGAGAAGCCCUUCCAGUGUCAGCUGUGCGGGAAGUGCUUCCGCCAAAGAACUGCACUGACCGUCCACCUGAGGGUCCACUCCAACGACCGGCCAUUCUUCUGCAGGGCCUGCGGGCAGACCUUCUUCCAGAAGUCGGACUUGACCAUUCACCUCAGGAGGCACACGGGCGAGCGGCCGUAUCAGUGCCAAACCUGCGACAAGUCGUUCACCACCAAAAGCAUCCUGUAUUCCCACAUGAGGACACACCGCUGAGCCUCUGGGCUUCAGUCGCCGAGUGACACCCCCCGACUCGCUCAUCAGCUCCAGUCACACUGGACCAGCACUUGAUCAACGCUGGACGUUGACUGUUCCACAGUGCUCACCGGGAGCCGAGUGUGUUUUAGUGUGAUGUUUGUGACUCACUGACUAAAGGGUGCUGGGAGAGUCUCUUCAUGGCAGAAUGACUUUUGACUUUAUUUACUUCAUGUGAGAUGCUGAAGCCUCUUUGUUUGUGCUGAUUUUGAAUUGGUCCAAUGACAUGAACAGUUGUUUGUUGACAACUGUGUUGAAUUCCUCCAAGUCAUUUUAGAAUCUUUGGGUGUGACGGUGUUAGCAACGUGAACAAGGACUUGAUCUUCAGGUCGAGACUCUGGUCCAGAGCAUCACACACUGACCUCCUCGCAGAUCCACUGCUGACUGUUCUGGAUCCACCUCAGUUCCACAACAUCUUUUACAGGUCCAUCUUGACUCAGGAAGACCUGGAACUGUUGGAGACACUGGUGAGAUCAGAACCCUACAUGAAGGUACAGGAAGAAGGUGAACUCAAAGAGCAAGAAGAAGAAGAAGAAGAACCAGCACACCUGCACCUGGUGUGGAAGGAUAUCUUCCUUGAGUUUCGGCUGCUGAUCGGGACUGGUCGUCCACCUGAGGCUCCACACCAACAAGCAGUCUGUGAGAAGCAACACCCACAUAAAGACGCAACCUUCUGCUGGACAGGACCACCGUCGCAGACCGUGUUGUGUUGUUUCUCUUUGACUCCUCCUCCUUUUGAAAGGAAACUCUCUUUUUUUGUGAUGACAUGAAAAACUCACUACAGUCCCACAGAGAGGGACAGUUGUGGUCAGCUGACUGACGGGGUGCAGCUGAGAGUCGGGCGUCACUUGUGCUGCUUUCAUGUUGGAGUUUUGGGGUUAUUUGAGUUCGUUUCAUUCUCAUAUCCAGCUGAGGUUUUGUUUGAGGAGAGCCUGUUGGGACAUGGCAGCUGAAGUGGCAGCUGGUCCACGGGGUCUGUCCUGGCUGGCUCAGGCUGGAGGAUCAGCUGCAGUCCGUCACGGAUGCUGCAGAUACACGCGGCAUGUACACUGGGGGGCAGCAUUCUCUCAGGCCAGUGGUGACUCUUCUCAGUCAUCCACAGGAGAGGUUCUCAACCUCCGUUGAGAGGAACCUUGAUGGUUUGCUGGGAGUCUACCUCAUGACCUGACAUGACAAUUUUUACUGGCCACAGAUUACCUCAGGGAUAAGUGUGAGAAUGUCGAAUUUCUCUCGAAACACAUUGAGUGAAGGUACUCUUUCAUCUUCUGAUCUGUUCUCUCCCUCAUCCCCACGUUCUCCUCUAACAUCUGCAUGACUCCUUGACCAACAUAAAUGUGAGUGUGUGUACUUGCAUAUCUAUACUUGUGGGGAACAAGUCUUCAAAAUAAUUGGGUCAUUAUAACUGGGUUUCAGUUUGGUUCAGAGUCCUGGUUAAGGUUAGGUUUAGGGUGUUUUAGGUUAGGUUUAGGGUGAGAGGCUGGCGAAAGGUUUAUGGCAAUGAGAGGUCCCCACAAGAUACAAAUGUGUGUGUGUGAGCGGUGUGUUCUGGCCGGGAACGGUGUGUUCUGGUGAAACUGAUGAAUGUCAGCAGAUCUGCUGUCUGUAAUCUUUAAAGUGUUCUGGAAUGUUCUCUUCUUGCUGUGAGUCUGGAUCAGAACCAUGAGCGGACAGUCAGGAACCUGUCUGUGUCAGUGACCUCCUGUUACCUGCUGAACACGCAGCAGACCCAGAAGGUCCAAGGAAGUUAGUUUAGUUUCUGCAGUCGAGGUGUCCAGCCCAGGGAUGAGAGGUGGAGGAGGAGAUCUGUGAUCUGUGAUGAGUGUCAAGGAGAGACCUCAACGGUACAGCAGGCCCUUGCUGACACUUGUGACUGGUACCCACUGAAUCUCCUGAUGUAACCGAGGGAGACUUGACUGGGCUCACAAGGGGGCGACGCCUUUGUUUGCCCAGACCCUGAACCUUGAGGGUUGGUGUUGACUCCCUGACUCUCUCCUCUCACGACGUGCUGUUCUGCAGGUUCUUAUCCGAGUCUCAUCUGAUGAGGGGAUGGGCCGUGGGUCUCAUGACAACAGCGAUGAUGUCAUCACGCCAUCAGACUGGUCGCUCCGAUACGCAAAAACAGACAAAUUUGGCACCGACAAGUAAACAAAACCAGACAAGGAGGAACAUGAGUUGUUUUCAUCUUGAACUUGUUGUUCAGAUAAUCAUGAGAACACACACUCCAGCACAGUGUUGUGGAGGUCAUGACUGAACAUCACAAGACCAGCAGAAGCACACACACAAAUAUGCAGCUGUUUCGUUACAUAACCGGUGUGAGUGGAUUAGGUCUGGUUGGCCACACACACACACACACACACACACACACACCGUAAAAAUGUGACCCAAACAAAUGUCCAAUGUUCACAAUGUUCAGACUUAAAGGCAUGAAUUUAGUUCAAAGACCAAAAUGUUCUUUGAAAGCUAAAAUGUAGUUUUUCUUGACUGGAUCUCCCAUCUGGUCUGCAGCAGUCACUCAGUCAGUGAAUGGACAGGAACCAACUCCACUGUUCAACAAAGGUCUGACCCGGGUCCAUCAGGCCUCACAAACAGCACCAUCUGCCCUCUCUUUGUCUCCGCAGGCCAUAGUUGGACCAGUACCAGGUCCAUGUGUGGGACAUGGGAGAACCCUGUGAGGCCCAGUGGUCCGGCCCGCAGUGAAGUCACCAGGCUCUUUGUUAUGACUGCUGCCGUUCUGCGGCUGGCUCCCAUAACCAGACUAGAGCACUGGCCUGUAACGUUCUACCUCAGAUCUAGAGCAUGAUCAGCUGAGCAGUCAUGCCCCACAACCAGAACCGGACCCAGAACCGAUACCGUCUGAGUGCGGUGUGUGUGUGUGUGUGGUCGGAACAUUCCGACACUUGUGCAUCUGAAACAACAGAGCAGACAUUCCUCUU